AUGGCUCUCACGAGAAUUGGUCUCGCCGGCCUCGCAGUCAUGGGACAGAACCUUGCCCUCAACAUCGCGGACAAAGGGUUCCCCAUCUCGGUCUACAACAGGACGACCUCCAAGGUUGAUGAGACCGUGCAACGUGCCAAGGUGGAAGGAAACCUCCCUGUAUUUGGUUUCCAUGACCCCGCGUCCUUUGUGAGCUCCAUCCAGAAGCCCCGUGUCGUCAUCAUGCUCGUCAAGGCUGGGGCACCGGUGGACCAGACCAUUGCUACGCUUGCGGCGCACCUUGAGCAGGGAGACUGUAUCGUUGAUGGUGGCAAUGAAUGGUAUGAGAACACGGAGAGGAGGGAGAAGGCGAUGGAGGGGCGUGGGCUCCUAUAUCUUGGCAUGGGUGUCUCCGGAGGAGAGGAGGGUGCCCGCAAUGGCCCGUCCUUGAUGCCCGGAGGCUCCUUCGAGGCAUACAAGUACAUCAAAGAUAUUCUUCUCAAGGUGGCUGCUCAGGUACCUGAUAGUGGCCCAUGCGUCACAUAUAUUGGAAAAGGUGGAUCAGGCAACUUUGUCAAGAUGGUUCACAAUGGAAUUGAAUAUGGUGACAUGCAACUUAUCUCUGAGGCAUAUGAUGUUCUCAAGUCUGUCGGUAAGCUCACAAACAGCGAACUGCAGCAGGUGUUCUCUGAGUGGAACAAGGGUGAGCUCCUCAGUUUCUUGAUUGAGAUCACGGCCGACAUCUUUGGUAUCAAGGAUGAGCAGGGUGAAGGCUACCUGGUAGACAAGGUCCUGGACAAGACUGGGAUGAAGGGAACUGGGAAAUGGACAGUCCAGCAAGCUGCUGAACUUUCUGUAGCUGCUCCUACAAUUGAGGCAUCCUUGGACUCCAGGUUCCUCAGCGGUCUGAAGGACGAGCGGGUGGAGGCUUCCAAAAUCUUCCAGGGUGACUACUCCACUGGCCUGCUGGUGGACAAGGCACAGCUGAUCGAAGAUGUGAGGCAAGCUCUCUAUGCCUCCAAGAUCUGCAGUUACGCACAGGGCAUGAACAUCAUCAAGGCCAAGAGCUCAGAGAAAGGAUGGGGCCUCAACCUUGGUGAGCUAGCGAGGAUCUGGAAGGGAGGGUGCAUCAUCCGUGCCAUCUUCCUCGACCGCAUCAAGAAGGCUUACGAUAGGAACUCCAACCUUGCCAACCUCCUUGUUGACCCUGAGUUUGCCCAGGAGAUCAUGGACAGGCAAGCUGCCUGGCGCAGGGUUGUCUGCCUAGCCAUCAACAAUGGUGUUAGCACCCCAGGCAUGUCUGCAAGUCUGGCCUACUUCGACUCAUACCGCAGGGACAGGCUUCCUGCCAACCUGGUGCAGGCACAGAGGGACUACUUCGGGGCUCACACCUAUGAGAGGGUUGACAUGCCUGGUUCUUUCCACACCGAGUGGUUCAAGAUCGCGCACAACUCCAAGAUCUGA